GAUUGGGGAUUUAAGGAAGUCUCAGAAGAUGCUCUCGAGUUGCUUUCUCAGUGUUCACUGUUAGACUCUCGUGAAGAAAUCAGGGAGCCGGUCAGUGACAAUUAGAUCACAUCACUGGACAGUGAGAGGAUCGAUUCCAUCCGGACUCACUGUAGGAGACAUCACAGCUACUCAACUCAGUGUGGGUCCUGCCAGCGCGACGGUCCCAGGGGCUGGGCUUUGAUGAAGCGGGUGCAUUAUGUACAGCGUAGAAGACCUCCUGAUUUCUCACGGGUACAAGGUGUCACGGAGCAUCCCUGCGCCCCCCGGGGAUGAGCGCAAGGGCCGCCGGCAAGCCAGGAGCCACGCCAGAGCUGGCCAGGACCUGCCCAACGGGUGCGACAACGGCCGGGCCGCCCUCCCACGCAGCAAGCCGUCCCAGGGGAAGGGCCACGCGAGCACCUCAGAGAACAGCCACCACACUCCCAGAGCCCAUGGAGAGCCCCAGAGCGCUUCAGCUCCCAGAGCUCCUGAGCUGGGGUUUCAUCAUCAGCCCGCGCUAAGGGGGUCCUCUCAGCCCCAGCCUGCUCCCCACCACACCUACCGGAGAAGAAGGGGAGAGGAGGUCAGUGGCGUGCUGGGGCCAAGGGACCGAGAAGAUCUGGAGGACAGAGGAAUGGCCCAGGCGCACAGUCUGCCCGUCCCCAUGAGGGAGAGUCCGUGGGAAGUUGGAGGAAGGACAGAGAACGUGACGAAGAAGGCGGUUUGGGAAGAAGAGCUAAGAGUGGAGGGACCUGCCAAGUGGCAGAAUAUCAGCCUUGAGAGCUGGAAUCAGCCAAGGAAAUUAGGGCGGCAGAUGUCUGAUGGUGACGGGGAGAAAUUGUUUCAAGAUCUGUACCCAUUCCUGCAAGGAGGGCGAGCCCUGAAUUCCCAGAGCAAAGGGAAGUCCCAGUCCCUGCCCAGGGUUCUUUCGCCCGAGAGCCUGAGUUGCAUGGACAUUCCCAUUCCGUUAAACGAUGGGCAUUUUCCAGGUGUUCCUAAAAUGCCAUUUUAUCCCCCAAAUUGUGCACCAAAUUUGGAAUCCACAAGGAACCCCGAGAAGAGCGCCUCCUCGGCCCCUUUACCCCGGCCUAAGUUCGGGCGGCCCCUCAAGCCCCCCUCCUACAGCACUCACCAGCACACGCGGGUGGCAGUGGAGCAGAGCGACUCUCCGGACAGUCAGCAGGCAGACCUGUGCAUCUCCUACUUGAGCAGGACUCACGAGCCCCGGCUGGAGCCGGGUGCGUCCGACUCCGGCUUGGAGCCGCCCGUGUACGUGCCUCCGCCGUCCUACCGGUCGCCGCCCCAGCACAUCUCCAACCCUUACGGGGACGACCCAGCCCCCCGGCCCGUGUGUGGUGGUCCCCGUCAGCAGCUGGCCCCGAUGGAGCUGGCCGGCUCUGGUUGUCAGGUUCGUCCCAGUUCCCCGCGAGCCGGGAGCACGUAUGGGGUGGGCCCACGCUCGCCCCGCAGCUCCCCUCGGCCGCCCCGGCCCACCACCACUUACGACAGCUCUGUUCUGUACAUUCCCUUUGACGACCCGCGGAUCCGACACUUUAAACUCUCCCACCCCCAGGGUUUCUGUCAGGAAACAAGGGUUGAGGAGAAGUCCUACAGCUCCCGUCCCAGCACGGUCCCCACAGCUGCGUCCGGACGCCGUCAGCACGACGGUGCCAUCCUGAGCUCACAGAUGGCGACGGCCCUGCCGGGCAGCGUGAGCGGCUCCAUCACCGCCGAGCCCAGUCCCCAGUGGCCGUGGGGCCAGCUCCCCAGGGAUGUGGAGAACGGCGGCUUUCCUGACCACAGAGACCACGGCGCCACAAGAGGACAGUGGCCUGCUGUGGGCCGCGGCCAGCGUGGACACACAGAAGGCCCAGCCUCCUCCCCAAGCCCACAGGGCGAGAGUACCUGGGAAACUCGAACCAAGCUCAAGAAGUUUGAAACUGGGAUUCAGACCAAGAAAAGUUCAAAGAAAAAAAUGAACGAGACGAUAUUUUGUUUGGUUUCCAUCCCAGUUAAAUCCGAAUCACAUCUGCCAGAUACAGAUACGAACAACAAUGACUUAAAACAGGGCAGCGAGAAAAAGAAUGGGCUCGAUAAGACCGCGGCUUUGCAAGAACAGAGUCUGCUGAGCCUGUCUUCCACCGACCUGGAGCUACAGGCUCUCACAGGAAGCAUGGCUGGGAGAACAGAGUUCCAGAAACAAGAUCUGGGGGAACCAGAAGAAGGCAAACAAACAGAUGACCUCAGAUUCAUUCCCCCUGCAAAACACAGAGACCUCAAGUAUUCUGGCUCAUGGCCAGGGCACCAGUACCGAGAUCAGCAAACACAAACCACUUUCACCGAGGACUCCAAAAGCCCACAACACCCCCCUGCCGAGAAGCCGGGAGGGUCCCCCAAAGCCGUACUGACUCCCAGAUUUUCAGACCCCGUGGCCUCUGAUGCUCACGUGCCCGUGGCAUUAGCUUCCAGAGACCAGAACCAGGGGCCAAAGGCCCCUGCCCUCAAAGGUCAGAUGUCCCUGAGCCCCUCCAGCAAUAGCGCUUUCUCGAGAACUAUGUCCUGCACACACCAAGCACCCGCUCAGGGUCAGGACGACGUGGACGGCCGCGGCCGCGGCACCAGCCCCAGGCCCCGGGGCGAGGUGGUGAAGGGGGCGACCACGGGCCCCUGCAACAGCAAGCAGCCGUUCGGGCAGUUUCUCCUGAAGCCGGUGAGCCGGCGCCCCUGGGACUUGAUCAGCCAGCUAGAGAGUUUUAACAAGGAGCUUCAGGAGGAGGAGGACAGCAGUCAGAGCAGCAGUGGCAGUCGCAGUGGGGACAGUGACACAGAGGGGCCGUGCGAAGUCCACGCUGAUGUCCCGAACAAGACGUGGGGCUUCGGUGAAGACAGCCGGGCCUGGAGAGCUGAGGAGCCCCGAAGGAGGCCGAUGCUGGACGAGCCCGGGGCCCGGACGGGGAGAGUGAAGAGUAAGUCUGAGAGCUGGAGUGACGAGCAGAAGCCCAGCUGGUCCCCGGCCCCGCCGCUGUCCCCGGGCCCCGCCACAGUGGGCGGCAGCAGGGGUGCAGCCUCGCUGUGGGUGCACAGAAGCCUGGGCGUGGAGGAGGGCCACCAGGAGGUUGAGCACAGAGCGAACAAGCUAGCGGACAGUCCGGGUCCGCUGCACGGAGGGACAUCUUCUAGGUCAAGUGACACAAAACCAGUGCCCUCGUCGGAUCCGGCUGAACUGUGGCCGCCCCAGGGAGGUGAGGAGCUGCCGGCCGUUUCCAUCUCGGCGGAGCUGAGCGCAGCAGCCCCUCGGAAGGCGGGGGCCGGAGGGGAGAGGAGCCCGCCGCCGCAGCUCUCUCUUGCCAGCAAACCCCGAGGACUCUCGGCGCCGGACUUGAGGUCUGUGGGGCUGCCGCCCACACGAGAGCAGAGUGCCCAGAAAUUAGAUGGGUUUUUAGGGGAAGCGAGUGCAAUAGAAAUCCCCCCGAAUGAGUCCCUUCAAGCGAGGGCUGCAAGGAUCCUGGGCAUCGAGGUGGCCGUGGAGUCCCUGCUGCCAGGCACCAGGAGAACGGGACAGAACCAGCACCCCGAGCCUGAUGGGCGUGCCCUCGGGCCGGAGGCCACCAGGGAGGAGUCUGUGUCCAGCUCAGUCCCGCCGGAUGACCCCCCGCUGUCUACUGACGCCUUUUAUGGCAGGAGAAAGUGUGGCUGGACCAAAAGCCCUCUCUUUGUCGGGGAGAGGGACAGUGCCCGUUGGGCUCCCCUGGCCUCUGAGUACUCCAGCAUGGACAGGACCGUCCCCAGCGAGGCCCCCAGCCCCGAGCCUCAGCCCAGCCCCCAGGAGCCCCAGCCCUUCAAUCACAAGGAUGUGGGGACAAAACCACCCUUCAGGUCCACGCUGUUCCAUUUUGUAGAAAGGACCCCAAGUGUGCCAGGCUCCGAAAAGCGGCUCAGAAGCACUUCCAAAGUGAUCGAAAGUUUACAAGAGAAACUGGCCUCCCCCCCGAGGAGGGCAGACCCUGACCGCUUGAUGAGGAUGAAGGAGGUGAACUCCGUGUCUCGGAUGAGACUCCUGAGCUCGCGGAGCGCGGACUCCGUGGACGAGGCCGAGGACCUGAAGGCCGAAAGGGGCCCCCGGGUGCCGCCUGGAGGCCCGGUGUCUCUGAAGGCCGGGAACAGCCCCCCUGUGUCCAGUGGCGGCUCCCCGCUGGAAGAAGAUGGGCAUCCGUCGGCACAGAGGGAGGAGAAGGACGUCCUGCAGGACUUCUGGUGCCCAGAUUCCUAUGACCCUAGCAGAGUGGAGAGGGUGUGAGGAGAUGCCAGUGAAGCCCGAGAUUGCUAGAGUUUCCUCACGGGGUGUCGUCUGGCCUGCCGGCCCGUCUCGCCCCCAUGUCGGCUGGAGCCCGUUGACCUGUGUAUGCGGUCACAGCCUCUCCCGCUGCCACCAAGAAACUCCUCAUCUCUCCAGAGUCACUUUGUGGAAAUAAAGCCGUAGUCCGUUGAAACCAUCUGCUUUCAUAAUAUGAAGAGUUGAUACCUAUAUUUAGAAAGGAGCCACAGAAACUCUCCUUAAUGAUGGACUUAGCCAAGCUGGUAAAUAGUUUGGUGUUAAUCUGGUUCUAUGUGAAAAUUCAGACGUGAAUGAUUUUGAAAGGACUCUGAAUGUCAUAAAUCCCCCUCUGCAUCUCUACGGCCUGUCAUCCCUGCUCGCGCUAAGGAGUUGGGGACUUGGGCCAGCUGCCUGGCGUUCCAGCACUUUGAGUUGAGGGGAAAUGGAUGAGUAUAUACGACCCGUUUCUAAUCAGUCUGGUCUUCUGCUGCUGCAAGUAACUCUAUUUAUAAGUAACUUGCCAUCAGAGAAUAAAAGCAAUAUCUUUUUAAGUUCCUAAAAGAUUAAAACUUGUACCAUAAUGUACUCAGAGUAUUAUUUUAUCUGGCGUUGAAAUACUUUGAUCAUUCGCAAACACGCCAUCGUCUGCUUUGCCCUCAGUAUUAUCUAUUUUUAUGUUCUGUAUGGAUGUUCAGAAAUUCUUUGUAUGAAAAAUAAUUGCUGGUUUAAAAUAGACCAUUUUAACAAAGUAACUAUAUUUCUUUUUACCAAAAAAUGCUAUUUUUCUAUGAUGUAAACAAUUGUGAGGUGGCAGAUUUUUAAGGAAGUAUUAUUUUAUUUAAGAGUCUGUGUCCCUUUGUGUGAGAGAAGCCCAGAAGGGGUUCAUGUCUGUUUUAAAGCACACAUCCCUUACCUCUUGACAGCCCAGCUCCUUUCCUCUUGUCUUAGAAAGAGAUGUCCGUAUAGACAUUUUACAGGGUUAACAAAAUGAACUUUUCACAAAGAUGCUUUUGCAAAUGUAGCUGUAAGGUGGUGAUAUUUGAAAAUAACUUGCUCAAAACCAGCCAACACCCUUACAACUCUUUUUGCUGCCAUAUCCACUAGAAUUACCAAAAAACAGCUUCAUCUCGGAAUGUCUGUGGGGCUCUCCCCUGAGAGCAGACUUUCCUCCUCCCCCCACCCCCUGCCCCGUUACCAUAUAUUGUAUUUUUGUCUAGAAUGAUCCUUAAUUAUUAGUCUCUGCAUAUAUUUUAAAAGCGCCAGAGACAUUAUAUAUAUGCCAUUACAAAAUUACUACGAGGCCUGUGUAUUCAACUGUGUUUACUGUUGCCGUAGCCUGCACAAACUGACGCAUUUUUAUGCGUUUGCCCCUUCUUUCCAAGUAAGGUGUCUUGUUAGCUAACACUUCCUGAACGGUUUCUUGUUGCUUUCCUUCCUCCUUCCCUCGCUUUUCUUUCCUUCCCUCUUACUCUCUCUCCCCAUUUCUUUCUCUCUCUUUUUCUUUGAGAAACCACCUUAUCUAUUUUUAGACGUUUCAAAUUCCUAAAAUGUGAACUGUUGGGUGGUCCGCAGUUUGGCCCGCAAAACAACUCUGACUGGCCUGUUUUUAUCUGUACCAUAUGACUUUAUUUCAUAAGAACUUCAUGUCUUUGGACUGUAAUAAACCACACAGAAUCGAAGUCAUACUGAACAGUCAUUUCAAAUACACUUAUCUGUACUCCUGGUUCUUACUCUUGCUUCUUUCCAGAUUUUGGCUCUGGUGAAAAGCUCUAGGAGGCUCUUGCUUUCCCAGCAAAUGAGAUGGGCCAAGUCUCAGCGUUUGGAGUGGCGGGAACUUUUUCCUAAGAAACAUUUAAUGGGGAAGAGGUCAGUCUGUUAUAGUUGGUGAAUCACUCAAGUCAUCUGUAGACUCAAAUGCAGGUGGCGACCUGGAGGUCUUCGUGGGGUGCGCCUCCCUCCUUCAGCUGCAAACGGGAGAACGUAUUUGUAGACGGACCUACCCACGGAGACACAUGCAUGCACAUAUACAUGUCUGUGAACGCUGUCCUGACUUCCUUUAUAAUUUGUUGAUCGCAUCUAAGAAGUUCUUUUAAUGAAAAUAACUAAAUUUUAGCUUAUUCCUUAGGAGAAAGAAAAGGAUCCUGAAGAGAAAAAACAGGGUAACCUAAACCUACAUAUAUCACAAAGCAAAAUAGGAUACCCUUUCAGUUUCUAUCCUAAAUUGUACCAUCUUUCUGAAACCAUUCUGAAUUCAGUUGAAAUUAUCAAUAUUUAUACUUUGAACCUUAAUUUCUAGAUUCCAGCCUGUAUAUACAUCUUGUGGUGUGUGUGUUGGUGGGGGGGGGAUAACUUUGACAAUUUGACUUUUAAGCCUGCACACUCUGAGGUAAAUAAUACGUUCUCUAAUCCAAAAUAGCUUUCCCAAGAAGUUUUGAACUUAAUGCUAAUUAUUCUUUUAUUAUUACUACUUCUCAUGCUUAUAUAAUUCUCCAUUAUUAUUUGUGGCUGGAAAAAAAAAGUUCUCGUAUUCUGUGUUUGUCAUUGUUUUUCUCCUACGUAUGCUAACUGUUGGUGUUUCCUGAUUUGGGGCUCACUAUAAUUAAAUUUCUACCUUUGGCCAUUCGGACUCAAUGUUACAUGAGGAAUUGCACAUGAAAUGUAUUUGUACUUUUUGAUUUACAACAGAAGGGAAAGCAGGUUGGUAAUAGAGCUCUAACUGGCUUGCUUUGAAGGAAAUUUUGAAAUUACCAAAAACCAAGUAUCUUCAUUAUACCAUUUUCAACCUUAGGUCCCUGCCGGCCGCAGGAAACUGCCCGCGCAAGGGGCACCGCUCCUGCUACAUCUGCCAGAACACUUGUCCGUGUGAAGGUUUUGAUCUGAGUGCAGUUUCUAAGUCGAACCUUUUCUAUGUGACCGUUGGUUGAAGUGUCGUGGUUAAUGGAAGUUCUAGUGCGUGAACUCAGAUGACUCUGGAGCUCGACCCUGACCGCGUUGUGCAGCGGCAGGAUGACAGCCCCCGGUGGCGGGUUGGCUUUGGGCUCCUGAGGAGGAAGGGUACAGCCGACCUGCUGCUGACACGACUACUUCCCAGCUCUCAGCAGAAAGGACUGAUGGAGAAUAGGAUGAAGCCCCCAUUUCAUCUGUGACCCUCGCCACAAAGACCGUGUUUGUGUGUCUUGGCUGUUUUGCUUUGUUUGUUUUGUUUGGUGAAGUAGGACACAAUUAGUGUCAGGUUAGCAGCUCUUGGAAAGUGACCAGUACAGCCGAGCUCCCAGUCUCUAAAGAGCUGGGCUCAGAGCAGCCCUCCUGGUUUCCCGAGUUCUCACGACCAGUCACCGCCGUGUCCAGGCCACUUUCUACUAGAUCUAUCUGUGCUCGAGGGAUGGCAUGAGUCUCCGGCUGCAGCCUUGCAGGCUUGGGGGAUUUUUGCAUUGGUUUUUACUUUCGUUUGUAACUGCAGAUUCUGUACAUCUGUUUGUGGGAGGAGGGUUGCUACUUAGGACAGGAUUUAAGAGACAGAUUCCAAGUGACCUUUAAGAGUCUGCAUGUUGGGAGGUCCUGUUCCAGGAGCGUGGGCUGGCCCACUCUGGGACCCACCAAGCAAAGAAGGAGGGGGAUGGUUUAAAAAAAAAAAAAAAAAAAAAAGGUUAAAGAGAGAAUAGGUCUCUAGCCUUCACACUUUAUUUAAAAAAAAAAAAAAUCAGGGAAGGCUACAGUCCCGAUUGAGGCCUCUUCAAAAGGUCAAUAUGGUCUAGCCAGCUGCCCAUUGAAACAGUCCUUGGGUUCAUCAGCAGUGUGGAGAGGCGGGCAGAGUGCCUGCAGAUUCCUGGCUUUGACUUUCGAGAGCCCCUGUCGCAGUUGUGUUUAUUACAGAAGACAGGGAGGUCCUUGUUCUGUGGCCUCAGCUCAGUGACUGAAACUUGAACCCAAAGGCAAGUCCAGACUGUCCAACCGUUCAUCCCACUGCCUUGAUGGGGGCGGGGGGAGUGGUUGAGGAGGAAGAACACCCCAUAAGGUGAUCCAUCCCCUCUCCAUACAGAAGCCCGGCCUGCGGGGGCUGCAGCUCCACCAGCGGGGCGAGACUUCUCCCCUUCACCCCACCCUGUGGCAGGGCCCACAUAUGUGACACUCGCUGUCACGGAGCAAGAGAGAGACAAAAGCAAGUUCAAGUUGAGAAGCAUAUGGCAGAAAUUAGAAAUGAAAACCGUAUGUCCUAGCCAGGGAGAAAAACGGGAACCUACAGAUUAUAAAAAUCGAUGAGUUACUCUCCACUUGGGUCAGCUGAAAUUUGAGUCCUCGAGCUCGGCCCUGUCAGGAAAGCUAAACAGAGGCAUCUCAAAGAAAAAAAAACAAAACAGAAGAGAGCCAAAGAUACCUUCCCAAGUGUGGUGACCACAAAGGCCUGGAACCCCACAGAAGCUCUGUAUGUGCCCAUCAUUUCUUUGGGCACCACGAAAGCAGAAGGAGGCAGGCAGAGAGGAUCCCAGGAAGAGACACAACGACGGGUCACAUCCAGUCACCAGCUGUGGCUCGCCACCUCCAGAUCGGGCAGCACCAGAGGCCGUAAGAUGGCGAGAGGUGGAGAUGGGUGAGGAGAAGUCAUGAUGCCAACAAAGCCCAGAUGAAUGUCCCUGGGGAGCUCUUGUUUCUCUGCACAAUGUAAAGACUUGCUAGUUCCGGAUGGUUGGCCCACUCAGUAGCACACGUAUUCCAAAUAAACAUUUUACAUGAAAGUA